AUGGCAGGGCAGGACCCAGUGGCCAUCUUCGGCGCCUUCAUGGACUUCGUCAGCGCUGACCUCUGCUUCAUCAUCUACGGCCAUGACCCCUUUGCCGUCGGCAUCAUCUGGCACCUUGGAGUGCAAAUUAAAUGUGUUCAUGGAGUGGGGUGUAAUUGUGAUUUGUGCAAUGGGUUUAGAGUGGAAGGGGCUGUCAUUCUUGUUUAG